AGUGCAAUGAGUCUUCUGCGGUCCUGCCUCCUGGUGGCUGCUGUAGGUAUCCUAGGCACAGCGACUCCUCAUCCCAGGACUCCCUCUCUGCAUCGUCUUACCAGGCAGCUCUUACGGCAGUAUCAUAAGGAUGUCAGGCCAGUUUACAACUCGGCUGAGGCCACCACUGUCUACCUGGACCUUUGUGUCCAUGCUGUAUUGGAUGUGGAUGUACAGAAUCAAAAAUUAAAGACGAGCGUGUGGUACCAAGAGGUUUGGAAUGAUAAGUUUUUAUCCUGGAACUCUAGCCUGUUUGAUGACAUUCAAGAAAUCUCUCUCCCUCUCAGUGCCAUCUGGGCCCCUGACAUCAUCAUCAAUGAGUUUGUGGACCUUGAAAGAUCUCCCGACCUUCCCUAUGUGUAUGUGAACUCUUCUGGAACCAUUAGUAACCACAAGCCCAUCCAGGUGGUCUCCGCAUGCAGUUUGCAGACGUACGCCUUUCCCUUUGACAUCCAGAACUGCAGCCUCACCUUCCACAGCAUUCUGCACACAGUGGAAGACAUAGACCUGGGCUUCCUGAGGACUAAGGAAGACAUCGAGAAUGACAAAAGGUCGUUUCUGAAUGACAGUGAGUGGCAACUGCUCUCGGUGUCCUCCACAUACCACAUCCUGAGGAACAGCGCUGGAAACUUCGCACAGAUUCAAUUUAACGUGGUGAUUCGCAGAUGCCCAUUGGCCUAUGUCGUGAGCCUCUUGAUUCCUAGCAUCUUCCUGAUGCUCGUAGACCUGGGGAGCUUCUACCUGCCCCCCAACUGCCGUGCAAGAAUUAUAUUCAAGACCAAUGUGCUGGUGGGCUACACAGUCUUCAGGGUCAACAUGUCUGACGAGGUACCGAGGAGCACGGGGUGCACGUCUCUGAUUGGGGUCUUCUUUACAGUCUGCAUGGCCCUCUUGGUUCUCAGCUUAUCCAAGUCCAUCUUGUUGAUCAAAUUCCUCCAUGAGGAGCGACACAGUGGGCAAGAACGGCCUCUUCUUUGCCUUCGAGGAGACUCUGACAUGGAUGAGUCUAGAUUGCACCCAUGGGCUCCAGGUGCUGAGAUAACAGAGUCCCCUGUCCACCAGGAGCACCUGGUUCAGUCGGAUGCUCUGCAGGAAGUCUGGCUCCAGCUCCAAUCCAUCAACAACUCUCUCCGAACUCGGGAUCAGGUUUACCAGAAGGAGGUGGAUUGGCUGGGCAUCCUGUACCACUUUGAUCAGCUGCUCUUCCGAAUCUACCUCGCUGUGCUGGGGCUCUAUACUGUCACCUUGUGCACUCUCUGGGCACUGUGGAGCAGAAUAUAACAAUGGAGAUUCCUGGUCUCACUUGAUGUGGGGGUCACAACACUUAGGGAAAGCUUAACAGUGUUUGGAGAGGGAUUGAAGAGGAAAGAGUGGGUAGGCUUAAAAAAUUUAUCUAGGACUUCAUUGUCUCUUUUCAGUGACUACACAGAUGAGCAUCUUAAUUGGUUAUUGACUGAACCAGUAAACAUAUAUGUUCAUAAUAAAGACGUAUAAACAAAAUAGAGUGUACAGUAACAAGCAAGCUUUUACUUUUCCUGAGCCACAAUCAGCAACCAUAUAUACUUAGGCUUAAGCAAAAAAAAAAAAUAACAAAAAACAAAAAACAAAAAAAAUUGGCUUUAGAUUUUUAAAGCAGGGUCUCUUGUAUCUAGGCUAAGCUUGACUACUAGGCAACCAAGGAUGACCCUGAACCCUUGAUACUCCUGCCUCUACCUUCCAAGUGCUGAGAUUGUAAGUAC